UUAGCCCAAUCUAAAACCCUAAACCCACAUUGGAGCAAAAUCUCCGAAGAAACCACACCACAACCUCCACAGAUCGAACGCCGCUCAAUCAUGGCGGCCAGUAGCGAAGCUCUGAACACGGUGAAAGCGACGGAGCCAACGCAGUGGCUGGCGCCGAGCCCGGAGCUAUCGCAAAACGCUCGAGCUGCGCUGAAGAACCUCUUCUCCUCUCUCAGACCGUUCACGCCGAAGUCGCCUUUCGACAAGCUCCUGGUGGAGGGCUUCGACGCCGAGCAGAUAUGGCAGCAAAUCGACAUCCAAUCCCAGCCGCUCAUCUCGAAUCUCCGCCGCGAAUUGAGGCGGUACGAGAAAAAUCCGGAGGAGAUCAAGACGCUGAAGGUGGUUGUGGAAGGACAGGAGAAUCUUCUGGAAGCUCAGAAGGAGGAGGAGAAGGGCAGAGACGAUUUCGAUGGGGAGUUGGAGGAGUCUGAUGAAGAAGAGGAAGGUGAUGAUGAUGACGUGGAGGAAAUGGAAGAAGGAGAUGAUGAAGAUGAAGAUGAGGAAGAAGAAGAAGAAGUAGAAGAAGAAGGUGGAGGUAACAACGAAAUCGAGGAUGGUUUCUUUAGUAUAAAGGAAUUGGGGAAGUAUUUGAAGACUACGGAAGCUGAGGAGUAUGAGGAUGACAAAGAGGAUGGAGAAGAAGCUGGUGAAGACGAGGCAGGCGAAGACGAUGAUGUGCAGGAGCUCAUGAAUUUAGGGGAAGGUGAGGACGAUGGGGAAGGCAAAGAUGCAAGAUAUGAAGACUUUUUUGGGAAUAAGGAACUUUCUACAGACGAGAGGACCCUUUCUACCCACGAGAAGGAACAACUGAAACGUAAGACUGAAAUAGAGCAGAGGGAAAAUGCAAUGAUGGAUCCCAAAACUUGGACCAUGCAGGGAGAGGUGACUGCAACAAAAAGGCCACGGAACAGUGCAUUAGAAGUUGAUCUAGAUUUUGAACACAAUGUUAGACCGGCCCCUCCGAUCACAGAGGAGGUUACAGUAGCAGUUGAGGAUAUGAUCCGUAAAAGGAUUGAGCAGGAACUUUUUGAUGAUGUUCAAAGGGCUCCUACUUUACGGACGAAAGCACCAAGAGAAAGAAAGGAGAUGGACGAGAAAAAGAGCGAGAAAGGUCUGGCCGGAGAGUAUGAGCAAGAGUAUCUUCAAAAGAUAAAUGCAGAUUCUGGCCCAUUGUCAUCCAAAGACAAGCAGAAGAUUGAGGCAGACAUGCUGUUUAGGAAACUUUGCUUAAAGUUGGAUGCUCUUUCUCAUUUCCACUUCACUCCAAAACCUGUUAUUGAGGAUAUGACUAUACAAGAUAAUGUCCCUGCUCUAGUUAUGGAAGAGAUCGCACCUGUGGCAGUCUCUGAUGCAGCAAUGCUAGCUCCUGAGGAAGUAUUUUCUGGUAAAGGUGAUAUUAAAGAAGAAGCAGAACUUACACAGGCGGAGAGAAAAAGGAGGAGAGCUAACAAGAAAAGGAAAUUUAAAGCUGUGACAGCACAAAAAGUGGCAAAGAAGCCACGGGAUAGCAUUAUGGAAAGCAUAGAAGCCAUGUAACAGAAAGGUGCAAUAAGAAUAUGGUGGCAGUUUUGCAAGAUAACAUGAUGUUAAUCUUGGUCUCAAUACAAUGACUGCUAGGAAGAGCAGUUGCGUUUUGGUUGGGAGAGAGUUUAUCUUGAAGAUCACCCUUGCUCAGUCCCAGCUCUCCCUGCCUACUCAAGGAAAUUGAAAAUGUAUGAAAAUGGUCCAAAGAGAUAUCGGUGGACCCUUGUUUGCUGAUUUGAUUUGAUCUAUUUUUUCUCGGAAUUUUGGUAGAUGCCUAUUGUCUUUGAGGUCAUAUAAAUUAGAGGAAGCGAGUUACUAUAAUCAACGUUGCAUAUUUUCACUUCUGAUGUCUGUCCGAGCAUUUGUAGUUCUGUUGUCUCUGUAAUCAACUAUCAAAGUCGAGUGCUCAUUUGGAAAAGAUUAGAUUGCCAACACUGAA